CAAGGUCCUCGGAUCGUUGCCCUUUUUAAUUUCCUCCGCUCCGCCCUUCUUCCUUUUCUCCACAUUAGAUUCAUUAGAUACCAUACCAUGGCCGCCAGCAAUGAUGUUCGCGGUUGGAUUAUGAGCGGCGUCUCUGGCGUGGCCUGCAUCCUAGGGUCCGCCUUCAUUUGUGUUGACGUCCUAUUCCGACACUUCUCCAAAGGAAAAGGCUUCCAAAUCGUGAACAACAAUGCCUUUCUGUCGGCUUCAUUAUGUCUUAGCGCAGGAGUGAUGCUCUUCACUUCUCUCUAUAGCAUGCUUCCUACCUCUCAAGAGUACCUCACCCGUGCCGGAUGGUCCCCCGCCGUCGCUGCCUACUCGCUUAUCGGUCUUUUUCUGGCCGGCGCCAUUAUUAUUCGUCUUCUCUCUGCAUUUAUUCAUCGUUAUAUCCCAUCCCACGUCGUCGGAUGUGCUCAUACUCAUGAGGGGGGCGCAAAUUCUGCCGACCCAGAGCGUGGUGACGGUCACCACCACGCACAUCACUCGGAAGGCCACCAUGGCUGGUCCGAACGAACUCCACUAUUAAUGCGAGCAAGCAAAUCUAGUCCUGCGGUCCCACACGCUGGAUCUGAGGAAAUACCCGAAUCUGUCGUUUUUCCUGCCGGACCUUGGCGCGUACGCCUGGGCCGGCGCUUAAGUCGGCUGGUGGGCAUUAAAACACAGUGUGACAAAAACGGUCCCUGCUAUGGGUUUUCGCAGACAUGUGGUCAUGAAUGCUCGAAGACCCUCGUCGCUCCCGAGAUAUCUGUCGCAGACGACGCCAAUGUCCACACCAUUCCCGUGCAUGUGGACUUAGAACGAGCGGAUGUGUCCAACCGCACCCUUCACCAACCGGGAGACUCAUCAUCCUCCACCCCUCGUAAUGAACUUCCUGAAUACCCGACCUCAUCUGCACAUGAGGCAGAUGAUGCGCAGAAAAUACCAGGCCCUGGGAGCCGACAUCAUCACCAUGUACCGCAAAAUGCGUUUCUGUCUAUCGGUCUGCAAACCUCGAUAGCGAUUGCCCUUCACAAAUUGCCUGAGGGCUUCAUUACCUAUGCCACCAAUCAUGCAAGUCCCAAACUCGGGUUGACUGUCUUUCUUGCUCUUUUCAUUCAUAAUAUCAGCGAAGGCUUUGCCAUGGCAUUGCCUCUCUACCUUGCCCUUCAUUCGCGAGGCAAGGCAAUUUUCUGGUCCAGCCUUCUAGGGGGUGUCAGCCAGCCAGCCGGCGCAGGGCUAGCGGUCCUUUGGAUCUGGGGUGCUGGGCGAAGCGGUAGUCCGGAUGGCGAGACUGACCCAUCCUGGGCCGUGUAUGGAGGCAUGUUUGCUGCUACGGCAGGCGUAAUGACCUCUGUCGCCCUGCAGUUGUUCAGCGAAGGAUUGGGACUAACCCACAAUCGGGGCAUGUCGAUCGGUUUUGCCAUCGCGGGAAUGGGUAUAAUGGGCAUCAGCUUUGCCCUGACGAAGAUAUAACUUGCGCUUGCUUCACUCUGCGGUUGUUCUCCAUUCAAGGUGUCAUUGUAGAAAGCCAAAAUAUAACGAGAUAUCGGAACCCUUUGUUAGAUCCCAGCUUUGUGAGGCUAUUCGGAUGUAUUGUGCUUGAGCAGAGGUUGCUGCUUCGUGACUGAGCGAGUUGCAUGCCUCGCAUAGCGGUCGUAGGAUUCCUAUGCUUUGGAAUGUCUCUCGGAGUUAUCCUGAUGGCAGAGACAUCAGGCGGUCGCUCGGCAUUGAUUGAUGAGAUGGAAUUCUCGGGGGAGUUUGAGUGAUAAACAUCCUCUGUCAAUUGGUUAGUGGUGUGGGAUGUAUUUUCUCUUCGAUGAGAAUAUGUUGCUGGAGAUAGAUAGGUGAUGCAUCGGAUAUAGGAUGCGAA